CCUUUCACCGCUGGAGUCCGACUCCUUCCGGUCAGGUUAGGAGUGAAAACCGGAAAUUACGCAAAAGGCGCGAAUAGGAAUAACAUCAACAAGGAGAAGAUUUUCAAUGUUCGCUCUUUAACUCAUUCGAUCGGUUUGUCAUUAAUCCAGUGAAACAUGUGAACACGGGUCGCUGCUCGCUCACCGCACGGCGAUUACUAUUGUUUCUGAAAGAUUGUUUUAACUUUGUGGCUCAUUUGAAUGUGUCCUCUCCUUCCCCGUGAGUCUGACAGCAGCGUCACUUUCACAGUUUUAUUUCGAUCAGAGUCCAUCGACAACACAUCGCGACGUUGAGCUAACACUCAGUUCAGACUGUCCACUGGCAGAUAGUUGUAUUUAUUCGACGGUAAGAGGAGGCGAGUACCAACCGGCUGCGCUAAUAUAUAAAGAUAACUCGUAAAACAGGUCGAUCAUGUCCAAAGGAGACAAAGGAGGCUUCAUUGUGAAGUUUGUGGAAAGCAAAGGUCGAAAAACAGAGUAUGCCGUCAAAGCUUAUGAGGCCAUUUUGGAGCUGCAGUCUGACAAGUACCUGAAAACCGUCGAGGAGGAUGCAGUUAUGCAGAUGGACCAGAAGGACAAGUCUCUGUUUGUGUUCAGCUCCUUCACCUCUCCGGCCUUUCUGCACUGCGAGAAGCUCGGCUGCCGGGUCGUUAGUCCGCUGGUGGUGUUGUUCUGCCUGCAGCAGCAACGUUGUGUCCCCAAAGCAGAGAAGCCCGUCUACAACAUGGCCAUGGCUGACGUCACUGUUUCCUGCACCAGCCUGGACAAAGCAACACGGUCCGAGGUGAUGGAUCUGGUGCAGCUCAUGGGUGGACGAGUCUAUCUUGACCUAAAUGUGUCUGUCACUCACCUGAUAGCCGGAGAGGUGGGCAGCAAGAAAUACCUGGUAGCUGCCAGCCUUGGUAAACCCAUCCUGCUGCCCACGUGGGUCAAAGCCUGCUGGGAGAAAUCUCAAGACAGUCUUUUCAGGUAUACAGAACUACCCAUUGAGGAGUAUCUGUGCCCAGUGCUGCGUGGCUGUACUGUGUGUGUGACUGGCCUCUCUAGCACCGAGCGUAAAGAGGUGCAGCGGCUCUGUGAGCAGCAUGGAGGCAGCUAUACGGGUCAGCUCAAAAUGAAUGAGUGUACACACCUCAUCGUCAGCGAAGCAACAGGUCAGAAGUACGAGUGUGCUCGGAAGUGGAACGUGUAUUGCGUGUCCCUGCACUGGCUGUUUGACAGCAUAGAGAAGGGCUUUUGUCAAGACGAGAGCAGGUACACCGUGGAGCGCAACACUUCAAAGGCAACUCGACCGCACACUUCUACCCCUACAGGCUCCAGCAAGAAGGAAGAGGGUCCAUCUCUGUUGGGCUUGAGCCACAUCUCUGUCAAUGCCAGCGUGACGAUAAAUGACACGGCUCUGACCAAUUGCACCAUCAGCCAUCUGGAGGCUCCAGACCCGAUAGAUAACUUGGACUUUACCGUCUGUCCAGCUGAUGAUAUACUGGAUGGCUGUAAACUGUAUCUGUGUGGCCUGCCGGGGAAGAAGCUGGAGAAGCUGCGGCGUCUCGUGAACGCUGCGGGUGGUCUACGCUUCAACCAACCCAGUGAAGAACUCACUCAUGUGGUCAUGGGAGAACUGGACCAGGACGUAAAAAACUUCAUCUCCAAAGUGACUCAUAGGCCGCAUGUAGUAAAAGUACCGUGGCUGCUGGACAGUUUCACCAAAGGCAGUUUACUCCCAGAAUCAGAUUACCUCCACCCUGACUGUCUUCCCCCUGCUGCAGCUUCUGUAACUGUGUCGCGCCGUAACACUCUCACCUCCAGGCCAUCAGUCGGUCCCCCUGCAGCCAGCCCUCGCACUCCAAUGCGAGCAGAGGAGGAUCUGUUAUCACAGUAUAUGGAUGAUGACCCAACAGUAGUUGACAUGCCCCCGCCAGAAACAGAGCGGAGGAAGUUCAUGAGUACAACGGCAGAGCCUCAGCCUGAACCGUGGGCACCAAACCAGACCAGAGGACAAGAGCCAGACUCGACCCUGCAGGAGGCCAGUGAGGCCGGACUGUUUGUUGGGAAAUGUUUCCUACUAGUGGGCUUUGGCACGGAGGCCGAAACCCAGCUCUCUCUGCUGGUGACAGAACAUGGAGGCAGGGUGCUGAUGGGUCGCACACGGGUUGUGGCUGACUAUGCUGUGGUGCCACUGUUGGGCUGUUCAGUGGAGGCCACAGUGGACGAGGUGGUCACUGAUACCUGGCUGGCCAUGUGUGUGGAGAAAGAGUUUGUCCUGCCACUUUCCUCCAACCCUCUGUUCACCCCUGUUCCUGUGAUGGAUGGACGUUUUCCUCUCAAGGAUUGUGUUCUCUCCGUCAGCCAGUUCAUUGGAGCAGAGAGAGAGUCUUUGGUGGAGCUGGCAAAGCAUCUCGGAGCCAAUGUGCAGGAUUACUUUGUUCGUCUGGCCAACCAGAAGAAAGGCAUGCUGGCCAGCACUCAUCUGGUGUUGCAGAGCCCUGAAGGCACAAAGUACCAGGCAGCAAAGAAAUGGGGGCUUCCUGCCGUCACCUUGCACUGGAUAUUAGAGUCUGCUCGGAGCGGCAGGAGAGCAGAGGAGGAGAGAUUUCAAGUGGACCUGCCCCCGUCACCAGAGAGGGAUGAUGAGAGUUUUGUUGGUGGUUCUCAGAAACCAAGUAUGCCGCCUCCAGCUCGUUCGUCUCCAGAGAUCCCUUUGCUUGGUUUCCAGAGCGGUAAGGCCGUUACCCCGCUUGAUGUAGGUCGCUUCCAGAGCAAAGUGUUCCACUCUGUUUUGGACAAGAUGAAGCCCAGUGACAACAUGAGCACCCCAAAACAAAUCCAGGAGGGCGGCAGAAGGAACCCCCUUCAAAAGGAGCCGUCCCUGCAACUGGACACUCCGUCUCGUUUCCUCAGCAGAGACCAGCUCUUCAGGCCCUCUUUUAAUGUCAAGGAUGCACUAGGAGUUUUGGAGACGCCAGGUGGGAGAUCGAAGCCAGGAGAAAAGGUGGAUACUCCUCUGACUGAUGUCAUCAACAGGAACUUGAAGGUGGCAUUGGCUAAUAGCUCUCGCAGUCAGGUCUCAGACAUGCAGGCAGUCUCAGCUAGUCCACAGCUCACAAAGACAACUGAGAAGGAGCCUCCAGAAAAGGAAGCUCCUCCCCUGACUGGUGUUGUGAUCUGUGUGGGAAAGAAACUCAGCAAAAUGCAAAGUGAACUAAACGCCAUCGCCGCCUCGCUUGGAGCUGACUUCAGGUGGGCGUGUGACGAUACAGUGACACAUUACAUCUACCAAGGUCGUGUGGGAGACAACACCCGCGAAUACAGAGGAGUGAAGGAGAGAGGACUGCAUGUGGUCUCCCAGUCCUGGCUGCAGGCUUGUGCUGAUGAGGGAAGGCACGUCGCAGAGUCUCUGUAUCCUUUCACCUACAACCCCAAGAUGAGCCUCAACCUGAGCCAGGUGCCCAACUGCUCCCAGAAGUCUCCACCUAUAACACGAACACAGCUCAGAAACAUCUCUGAAACUAGUGAAACUAGUGAAAACAAAUCUGAGCACGAUGCCACAGAAGAAGCUACAAAUCUACGUCGUGUUAGUGAUGGAAGUGUAAAUCAAGAUGAGAUGAAUGAUACAGCAGAAAGGAGCGAUAUUUCAGAGACUUUGGAGAUGAGAGAGAACCUGCACAGGCAGCUCCAGGAGAUCAUGUCAGCCACCAAGUUGACGACAGGGAGGCGAACCUCAGUCAGACUAACCAGGAAGGGGUCAGGGGGUGCAGAUUCCAGGCCCCACACACCCGAUGGGAGCCGAGUGGGACGUAGUGGGAGUAGGCGUACUCUGGAAGCCCUGAGAGUUUCCAGAGAAGCAGCCAUGGACAUUAACACAGAGCCGUCUCAGAGCGAGCAGAUAGUUUGGGAUGACCCUACAGCCAGGGAGGAGCGGGCUAAGCUGGCUGACAACUUACAGUGGCCUGGUAGCCCCUCGCAGCAUUCUGAGACCCUCGCACCUCCACCUCCCCCCACUGCAGAAAACGGCCCCCAGUUCAGGGAUUCCAUGACCGACUCUGAGCUGGUGGAGAUGGCUGCUUGUGAUGUCAUUGAACAGCACAUGGGCCAGAAGUUCACCACCCCUCCAUCAAAAGAGCCUGAGGAUGACAUCCUCACCCCUAAAGCCCCCAGCAUCGCCUUCCCCCUCGCCAACCCCCCAGUAGCACCAGAGCCACAGGAGGAGCCAGAGGAAGAUAAGCAGCCACCCAGAUUCCAGCUUUCCUCUCUCACCCCUCAGGAACGCAUUGAUUACAGUCACCUCAUAGAGGAGCUGGGCGGCAUCAUCCUGGACAAGCAGUCAUUUGACCCCAGCUGCUCUCACAUCAUCGUCGGGACUCCUCUGCGCAAUGAGAAGUACCUGGCAGCAAUGGCAGCUGGAAAAUGGAUCCUGCACCGCUCGUACCUGGAGGCCUGCCGAUCUGUGGGUUGCUUCAUCCAGGAGGAUGACUAUGAGUGGGGCAGCAGCUCCAUCCUGGAUGCGUUACCCUCCAUCAACUCCCAGCAGAGAAGACUGGCAUUGGCUGCCAUGCGCUGGAGGAAAGCUCUGCAGGGACGCUCUGAACAAGGGGGUGCCUUCAGUGGAUGGACAGUCAUGCUGAACAUCGACCAGAACAGAGAAUCAGGCUUCAGGCGGUUACUGCAGAGUGGUGGAGCAAAGGUCUUGCCCAGUCCCUCUCCAUCCUUGUACAAAGAGGCCACUCACCUGUUCGCUGACUUCAGUCGACUGAAGCCUGGAGACUUCAGAGUUGACGUAUCAGAGGCCACCACAGAUGGUGUCACAUGCUUGAAGCCGGAGUACAUCGCAGACUACCUCAUGCAGGAGCCCACUCCACCUAUUGAGCCGUACUACCUGACCGAAGCUCGUCCAGAGGAAACUCCAGACACUCCGUCACGUAAACGUAAAGCAGCUUCCGACACAUCCAGGCUGAAAAAGAGCCGUCUGAACUGAAACUGUUAUAUUUGUUACACUAAUGUGAAAAUGACUGUAAAAUUAGACUUGUUACAAAAUGUCCUGUAUAUAAAUAAAAUACAUUUAGCACUGUU